AUGAUCAUCAUUCGAUCGGUGGAAAUUCAUUGAAGAAGUUUAGCUCCAAAUCGAAUUUUUUUCUCUCUUAUUGAAAUUAAAUCAAAAAAGAUCUUUUUUUUUCUUCUGAAAUUGAAUCCAAGUUUGAUCUUGAGUACAUUUAUAUUAUUUUCUAUUGAACAAAAUAACAAUCGAAUUCAAAAUGAAAGUGUGUGCAGUUAUCAGCGCUUUGUGCUUUAUCUCAUUGGUAUCGGCAUUGCCAGUUCAGAAUGGAAUGAUGUAUUAUCAAAUGCCAUACUACAAUCCAUACCAUCAAGCAAUGCUCGUACAUUAUGCGCCACCAUCUUAUGGCCGUUCAGCUGGUACAAGUGCAUUUGCACAAGGUGACGUCGUGGCUGCUGGGACAAUAGUCAAAGAAAGCCGUAUUCCAACCUAUGUUGCAGGUACCAAUAGUCAAUCAUCAUCGAAUGAUGGAAAUGUUGAGGCCAUCGCUGAAGCAUAUCCAGAGGAACCAAUUCAAGGCACCGUUCAAUUUGAUCAGGUUGACGAACAAUACAAUGAUGUGAUUCCAUUGAAUGCGGCUCCUGUAUCGGAAACACCAAAAGAAGCCACCGAAGUUGCUCCACAAGAGCCAGAAAUCACUGCCGUCGUCUCUGAAGAGCCACAAGUACAAACAACUGUAGCACCCAAAAAGAAGGUUCACAUUGCCCUUGACAUCCCGGAGAAGCACGACAAUGUUGAAGGCGAUGACGAAGAUGAUUAUGUUCCAUACGCCCCACAAAAUCCAAACAAACCAUCGAAAAACCAAGGUGGCAACCCAGUUUACACUUUCUUCCCCGUUAGCUUUGGCCGUGCUGCCGGCGGUACCAUUGCCGUUGCAAAUGCCUACAGCACCGGCAAAGGUGCCGUUCGUAGCCAUGCUAUCGCCUAUGGCGCAUCGGCUGGUACAUCGCGAAGACAACAAGCCGCCGAACGUAGCGUUGCCGCACCAAAAAGUGCAUAAACAGCCGUCACACUAAACCGAUUGCCUGAAAGAAAUUACAAAUGCGAAAUAGUAAAUACAAACAACACCGAAUUAAAUAGCGACAAAGAAAAAAAAAUAUAAGCCAAAACGUGCGCUGAGAUUUGUCACGAUCAAAUGUACAAGUGUGAAUCACAUGUUACAGCUGGAAAAGAAAUAUCAAGAGCACAUAAAUUAUAUACUUUGCUCACAUUUUGCAUGAUGGUACACCAUCGUUCCAUUCAACUUUGGUGACAUCGACACGUACUCGCGCAUAAGACAUAUGGCUUAUUAUUUCCUUUUUCUGUCGCCUCAAGCAUUUCGCCUCAAUAUUAAAAAUUCAUUUGCUUAAGUUCUCUUCAAUGUUCAAUUAUUCAAAUAAAUCUUGUCAAAUGAAAUCAAA